GAACGGAGUAUUGUUUAAUUUGUUUUAAGAGUGAAGCCAUAGCUAACACCAUUUUUUUUGUUUUUUUAAUCUGAAAAUGCCUCUAGGAAAAUACUACUGCGAUUAUUGUGACAAAGAGUUCCAGGACACAGCUGCGGCACGGCGGCGCCACCUUCAGGGACUUCAACACCAGAGAGCCAAAACUCUCUGGUACAACUCCCUACGCAAUCCUCAAAGACCUAGCGAUCCGAAACCUUUUGGCAAUGGAGUCUGUGAAAGCUUCGUUAGAACGGGGUCAUGUCAUUAUGGAGAGUCAUGUAGAUAUUAUCAUCCAAAGCAAAACAACCAAAGCAUGAACCCUGAAGGAAUGAUAGCAGGUAAUAUGUUAAGAGGCAAGAUAGGGACGUCUUUGGGAACUUUACCUCCCUCUCUGAUGCCACCUGCUGAGGGUGGAUACCCACCACUUCCAUUUCUUGACUGGGGAUAGGCGUCACAGACUCACAAUUGCUUAAAGGUCUUCUGAUGCAUGCCCACUGAAUGUUUCCCACCUCAGUCCUCAGCCAGAUGGUCAUUCAUAUAUCAACGGCUAAGAUCAUACCAAGUCAUUAUGGGUCUGGAAUCUCAAGUGUAAGUCAUUAUGUGUCUAGAAUCUCAACAGUGUGGCACUACCAGGUCAUUGUAUCUCCAAGUCCGUGUACUAUAAAAUAAAGCUUUUGUUGAUUUUAGUUCCUAUACAUUAAUUUCUUUUGGUCUCUGUAUUAUUGAACUUUGAUCAGUCAAGUAAACAGUUAACGUUGAUGAUGUUGUGUAGUGUCAUUUUUCCAGUUAACAGAUUCUCAUUUCUCCUGAAAAUAACUUGGAAGAAUA